AUGGUUCAGGAUGAGCUAUUCAAAGGACUGAACUGCAGUGAGCAGAGCAUGGAAUUAAAUGUCAGAACACAGACCCUCUCUGUGUGCGCACCACAGAACACAUCCUGCUCUGGCCACAAAUUUACCUUUGAUCGGGUUUCGGGGCAUCCAGACGACACGUUUGAUGAGAGAAUGCGACUGUGUAGAACACUGAAGGGAUUCCGUGCGCGCACCAUCAUCAUCAGCAGAGUCAUUAGAUAUAUUCUGAACAAAGUUUGA